GGGGACAUAAAAUAUAAGCUGUAUAUCAAUAAAGGGAUAUUUCAACUUGUGGGCUCCUUUAGUUUUUCUCUUGCUAUAUUUGCCUCACUAAGUCAAGACCUCCACCAACAUCACUAUUAUUUUCAGUAAGCCACCUCCUCAUGCCUCAGCACCAACUAAAUCCAAUGGAACCACUUCUCAGUAGCAACAAUGGCAAUGGCAACAGUGACUAUGAUAUCAUAAGCUGGUUUGAAGAUGUAUCCAAGAACGCUGGUUCAGUUCAGACUCAGUUGCUGUGCUAUAUUCUGAAGCAGAACUAUAAGGUGGAAUAUCUUAAGAAAUGGUUAGGGAACUACAAUAUCCUAGAGAUGGAUGCAUGUGCAUUGGAAUCCCUUUUCACUUCUGUGGUUCCCCUUGCCUCACAUGCUGAAUUUGAGCCAUUUAUCCAAAGGAUUGCAGAUGGGGACACAAGUCCUUUACUCACUCAACAACCCAUAACCACUCUUUCCUUGAGUUCUGGAACCACAGAGGGGAGGCAAAAGUUUGUACCCUUUACCCGCCAUAGUGCGAAAACCACACUUGAAAUAUUCACUUUAGCUGCAGCUUAUAGAUCAAGGGUUUAUCCUAUAAGGGAGGGUGGAAGGAUUCUUGAAUUCAUAUACAGCAGCAACCGGUUCAAAACCAAAGGAGGUUUAACAGUAGGAACAGCCACAACACACUACUAUGCAAGUGAAGAAUUCAUAAUCAAGCAGCAUAAGACAAAGUCAUUUACUUGUAGUCCUGAAGAAGUGAUUUCUGGUGGAGACUAUAUGCAAUCCACAUACUGCCACCUCCUUCUUGGCCUUUUCUUCUCUGACCAAGUGGAGUUUAUCACCUCAGCUUUUGUCUAUAGCAUAGUACAAGCCUUUUGCAGUUUUGAAGAACUUUGGAGUGAAAUAUGCAAUGACAUCAGAGAUGGAACACUUAGUUCAAGGAUCAAAUCACCAAAAAUGAGAAGGGCUGUUUUGGAUAUCAUAUCUCCAAACCCAAAUUUGGGUUUGAAAAUAGAAGCUGCUUGCCAGGUGCUACAAGUGGUGGAUUGGUUUGGUUUGAUUCCGAAGCUUUGGCCAAAUGCUAAGUACGUUUAUUCCAUAAUGACAGGGUCUAUGCAACCUUAUUUGAAAAAACUUAGGCAUUAUGCAAGUGGAUUGCCUCUGGUUAGUGCUGAUUAUGGCUCAACUGAAAGCUGGAUAGGGGUUAAUGUGGAUCCAAAUUUGCCACCAGAAGAUGUAACAUUUGCUGUGGUGCCCACUUUCUCUUACUUUGAGUUCAUACCACUUCAUCGACAUAAAAAAUAUCCAACUUCAGUUGCUGAUGAUUUCAUAGAAGAUAAGCCAAUUCCACUAUCUCAGAUCAAAGUUGGACAAGAGUAUGAAAUAGUCCUCACUACGUGCACAGGACUAUACAGGUGCAGGUUAGGGGAUGUGGUGGAAGUGGCUGGCUUUCACAAUGGGACCCCAAAAUUGAACUUUGUAUGCAGAAGAAAGCUAAUACUGACAGUGAAUAUAGACAAAAACACAGAGAAGGACCUUCAACUAGUGGUGGAGAGGGGUUCUGAGCUUCUGAAUGAGGCAAAAGCUGAGCUUGUUGAUUUCACUAGUUAUGCCAACGUGUCAAACGAACCAGGGCAUUAUGUAAUUUACUGGGAGAUAAAAGGGGAAGUUGAGGACAAGGUACUAGGCGCAUGUUGCACUGAAAUGGACAAGUGUUUUGCUGAUCAUGGCUACGUGGUGUCUAGAAAAACCAACUCAAUAGGGCCCCUUCAGCUUUGCAUUGUGGAGAGAGGGACUUUCAAGAAGAUUUUGGACAAUUUCAUUGCAAAUGGGGCAGCUUUGAGCCAAUUCAAGACCCCGAGAUGCACUAAUAAUCAUACCCUCCUUAAAAUUUUAAGUUCUUCCACCAUUCAAAGGUUUCGUAGCACUGCAUAUGCCUCAAAGGAACAGUGAUAUGAAUGUGGCCCGCUGUUAUGUACCAUUCUAACGUGCGAUCGUACAAAGCCUUCUAAGAAAACUGUGUCUUAAUGUUAGUCUACCAUAAUAUACCUAUUUUAAUGGAUGCUUCUAUAUAGUUGGAAGGAAAAAAAAUUAAUGAUU